AAUAAAUCAGAUUGUACAUGUUUUUUCGUUGCAGUAUAUACAUUUAAUGUAGAUAAAAAUUAGCAAUAAUCGUUUUCUAAAUUUGGAUAAAUUGUGCAUCACAUUCGCCUAGUAAAAACAAAGUACCUAAUAACUAAGAAAAGUCACCACUACCCACUGAAGAUCUCAAUGCAAGGCAGGCCACAAACAGAUUUUCUUUCCCCAAGAUUCCACACUUCUCUCAAACCAUCCUUUGCAAUAUUGGAUCUAAUCCUUCAAAGUAGAAAAAAUGCUUCUCUCUUUUCUUUAAUUUUUAUGUCCACAUCAUACAGGCUUUCCAAUUUAUUUUUAUUUAUAUUUUUCUCCUCUUAUACCCCAAUUCCCUUUGCUUAUAACCCCCAUUCUCUUCCCUCAUCAGAUUCCACAACAACAACAAACACUUGAAAAAACAAGAAACACUAUAACACUUGGCCUUUCUUGUAAUUUCGUUUUUAAUUACUUUCUUUGUAUAUUUUCUUGAUCUUUAUGGCUGGAAAAAGAAACCAAAGCAGCCCAAUUGGAAGCCCUUCCUCCGGCAACAUAUCCGACAAAGAACAAGACCGCUUCCUCCCUAUUGCCAACGUCAGUCGUAUCAUGAAGAAAUCUCUCCCUGCAAAUGCAAAAAUAUCCAAAGAAGCUAAAGAAACUGUUCAAGAAUGCGUUUCCGAGUUCAUAAGCUUUAUCACCGGCGAAGCCUCCGAUAAGUGUCAAAGAGAGAAGAGGAAGACCAUAAACGGCGAUGAUCUUUUAUGGUCUAUGACUACCCUUGGUUUCGAGAAUUACGUCGGACCCUUAAAAGUCUAUCUCAAUAAGUACAGAGAGACUGAAGGAGAGAAGAAUUCCAUGGGUAGGCAUGAUGAGCAAUCUCCUCCUCCUACUACUGAGAUUAACAAACUCAAUGACUCAUCUCUACCAACCGAUCAUCACCAUGUGGAAGUGCAAGGAUUUAACUGUACUACUGGGUUCUAUUCGCUUGGUUCACAAGUAACAAAUAAGAGCUAUGGAGAUAAUUACACAAGGUCUGUUGGGUAUGGAGAGAAUCUGGUGAGUGGUGCGGGUGGUUUUAAUUUCAAUAAGAUACGUGGAAAUGGAGAUGGGAAUGGAAAUAGAGCUGUGGCGGCUCAGCUUCAUCAUGGAGUUGAGUGGUAGAAACACUAGAUAUAUAGAGUAUUUUGCUAUAUAUUUAUAUAUUUAUGUAAGUUAAGCUUCAUCAUGGAGUUGAGUGGUAGAAACACUAGAUAUAUAGAGUAUUUUGCUAUAUAUUUAUAUAUUUAUGUAAGUUAAUUACUACUUUUUUUUUUUCCUUCCUUUGUUCAACUAAUAUCUAUCUAUAUAUCUAAUAUGAUCCAUGGUAUUUACCAA